AUGAGUGGGGCCAAGCUGGUUAGGACAGAGGUGAGUACCCAGCCAUAGAAGAGUAGGAUAGUUGAGUGGUUUAGAGAACAAGGAAUGUGGUAUCUGGUGCACCUGAGAAUGGCAGCCCUGAGGAAGCUCCUGCUUCUGGGGGAGGAGAGAGGAGCAUAACAGCUUAAAACAUGAACUCCCCACAUUAGGAGAGUGGUUUCCAGUGGUUCCAAGCUGGAGUCAGCAUGUGCUGGACUCCUCGGUUUGACCAUCAGCUCUGGCUGAGGAGGGGAAGGUAGAGAAGAUGUGGGUGACUGGAGAGGGGGCCUGUGCAAGGUCAGAAGGGAAGUUCCAUGGAACUAAAAGGCAUCCCAGGUCUUGUAGCUAGAGAAGGACAUGUUUGGCAGUUGUCACUAUUUAACAGGAAUGGUUCCUAUUUUCUGGAACUUGUCUCUGGCAAAGCACUGUCCCUGCCUUGCCUUUGGGAUGGGCGUUGUUGAAACUGUCUUAAUUAUGAGUUGCUUUUGCUCAGCAGCAUCCCCAAGACUUCUAAACAUCUCUCACACACCUCAUCUUUAACACUGACACAUGCUGAUGUCGCUCACAUUCAGCAUUUGAGAACAUGUUGUUGGACUCAGGAUUUCUCACAAUAUUUGCACCUUCUUGGCUUUUAAAGAUUGCUGGGCAGUCCCAUUUUAUGCCUGGAUUUUAUCUACUGCUGGGUUAUCUUUUCUUGAUGUUAUCAUUUUACUGAGUUGUUGCAUAAUCUGUUUUAUUAUGUAUGCUGCCUGUUGAGUCAGCCACCAGAGAGACACGGCUGUUUCCUUGGUCUUACUCCUGAAACAAGGUAUCUAAGCAGUUAAAGUUUUUCCCCAUCAUGGCAGGAAAAGCUUCCCCUCCUAACUUUCUGAGUGACACCUCUGCGGGGAAAGGAACUGGCUAUGUGUCUACAAUUUGCAAGCUGUUGAGAAACCUGAAGUUUUUCUCAUGGGACAGACGUCCAGCAGCACCCUCUUGGCCUAAGGCUCUGCAUCCUCUAGCGGACAGCAAGACCUUGUUCCCACAGAGGUAGUAGACCUAGGUCUCAGAGAUAACACAUGGCUGAUAUGCCUUCAUUUCCCCCCCAACCUGCAUUAUUUGUAAAAAGCACUGUUGCUGUUCAACUAGUGAACCAGGGGGAAAUGGGGCACCUCAUGCUUAGGGGACAAAUUUGCCCCUCCAUUCUCUCCGUCCAGCUUUUACAACCCUCCCCAGACUUACCACAUCCCAUUCCUUGAGUGUUUUUUGCCUGGUUGGGAAGUGUCCUUGAAUUGUGAUACUGGUUCUUGCUUAACUUGGAUGGGGGAAUCUAUGUGUGCACAGAAUCCUCUGUAUUUUCUGCAGCUAGAAAGUGCAAAAGUAAGAGUUCCAUCUUUUGCUCUGUUCAUCUUUGCUCCUUUUGACUUUGAACAUGACUCCGGUUAGCAUGUGCCCCCAGAACAUUGCUCAUGAUGGAAUGAGACCCUUGGGUUACAAAUGUUCCCCACCCUGCUGCUAGAAUUUUUCCUCCCUGACAUCAUUUCCUUUAGGCAUAGGCCAGACACAGUUUUGCCACCAGUAAAAACUAGGCAAAAACUACACACUUCCUUUUUACUGCUUUCCAUAAACCACAAAGCCCCCUUUUCGUGGAUUUAAGAUUCCCCCCACAACUUUUUUUUAAUAAAUAAAUGUAGAAUUCAAAAUAAAAAUGUAUCUGGUUUGGUUAUACAUUAAAAACUUGAAGCCCCGAAAACUUGAUGUGGAAUUCACUGGUGCAGCUCAAGGACAGCAUUUGGCAAAUUUGGAAAGAAUCAGCCAGUUCGGCUGUUUGUAUUCUGCAAAUAAUUCAGCAUCCUUAGAUUUCAGUAUUUUCAAGAGAGUUUCUAGCUCUCGUGGUUAAGAAAAUAAAUUUGAAACUGUUGCUUUGUUGCAAUAGAUACCUUCCCUCUCUCAAACAAAUGGCCAGGUUUGGAACUUGUUGGCAAUAGUAGAACUAUGGAUGAACUGAGGGAUGCAGGUGGCACUGUGGUCUAAACCACUGAGCCUCUUGGGCUUGCCGAUCAGAAGGUUGGUGGUUUGAAUCCCCACGACAGGGCGAGCUUCCGUGGCUCGGUCCCAGCUCCUGCCAACCUAGCAGUUCAAAAGCACACAGUAGAUAAAUAGGUACCACUGUGGCGGGAAGGUAAACUGUGUUUCUGAGCACUCUGGUUUCCAUUUUGGUGUUCCAUUGCACCAGAUGCAGUUUAGUCAUGCUGGUCACAUGACCCAGAAAGCUGUCUGUGGACAAAUGCCAGCUCCCACAGCCGGAAGCAAGAUGAGCGUCACAACCCCAUAGUCGCCUUUGACUGGACUUAACCGUCUAGGGGUACUUCACCUUUACCUUUAUGGAUGAACUUGAGCAUGUCCCAAUGUCUUUCAGGUUAAUGUGCUGCCUCAAUAAUGUUUGUGAUAGAGGCAACCAGGCCCCUUUAAGGCUCUUACUGUUAGCACUGGCUCCAAGAGCAAAGGAUUUGCUUCUAGUAUCCAUAAGAUCUUAAUAGAAAUUGUGACAGGCCUCCUUACUGGACUGAAAGAGGUCUGGGAGAUACAUAUGGGUGAGCAGAGUGAUGAAGUGAAAUGUACAAAUCUAUGGUUUUCCCAACCAGGGAAGUAACUGUCGAUUUAAAAUUAGCCAUAAGUGGUAGAGAACUCCAUGACAACUAUUGCCUAUGGAAACUAGCACUCACUCCAGGCCUUGGAGGGUUAAGCCACCUGGGAGACCCUCCCAGGUACGAGCUGGUUUUUUUGUUUGAGUUCAUAACUUAAUUCUAAGAAGAAUCGCAUCUGGGGCAACAGACAAGCUCUGCACAGGCCUGAACAUUUCUUCUUGUACUUCUUUGGCGAUCAUUCGUAGCUGAGUAAGAUUGUCUUCCAUAAACCCGGUUUUAACAGUGGACCCAUAAGUGACUAUAGGGGCCAGUUCUGGAUCCAUACAUCCUUCCACAGUGGGGACAUAUGUUUCCAGGCAGGAAAUGAUCAUGGUAAGGGUUUGCCAAGCGUGCCUUCCUCUUAGCACAUUUCUCCCUUUCGUCCUGACUUCAAGCAUCUUCAAAGCUUGUGAUCCCUUUGGUAAAGGCUGUUCUCCAGUUGGAGCACUCACAGGCCAGUGUUUCCCAGUUGUCAUUGUUUAUACUACUUUUUUUUAGAUUUGCCUUGAGAGAGUCUUUAAAUCUCUUUUGUUGACCACCAGCAUUACACUUUCCAUUUUUGAGUUGGUAUGGAUGUGGUGCUAGAGACACUUAUUACCACUUACUAUGUUGUGAUGAGGGCAGGAAUGAGACAAUGAUAUCGUGUAACCCACACUCAGCCCAUGGAACACACAUUUGCUGGACAGCAUAUCUUCAACAUGUCUUUUGCUCUCUUUAAUUGCAGCAAGUGCCGCAGCACCGACAGUCUUCCCAUUGCCUCCCUGUAGCCAAGACUCCUCUACUGCCUCUCAGGUCUCCAUAGGUUGUCUGGUCUCUGGCUACUUUCCUGAACCGGUCACAGUACAGUGGAAUUCGGGAGCCAUCUCCAGCGGCAUCCGAACCUUCCCUGCACUAUUGGAUUCAUCCAGUGGCCACUACACUCUCACCAGCCAGCUCACCAUCCCAACCAGCACCUGGGAAUCGGAGAAGUUCCAAUGCAAUGUCACACAUGCAGCUACCGGCUUCACAGCCAACAAAGACAUUGAGCGUGAGUCUUUCUGGGCUUUGGUUAUCUGCUUGCUUUUUAACUCUCAAAUGGGCAAUCAAUGCGCUUAAAGAAAAUAAAGUAAAUUACUUGGGUGGAGAGAGAGGGGCAAUAGAUGCAAUAUUUUUGGGUAGUAUUAUUGUCUCAUUUCAAGGCACAUUAAGCAUGGCAGGCACCAACAAAAAGAAAAAUGUCUUUGCCCAACAAGGCUUACAAAUGAAAUAUAGGGGUUGGAGUGGAGAGAACGAGUUUGGAAUCCUCCAUUCACUACCAACAAUGGUAUAAGAAAAAGUCAGGUUGCAGCAUUUCGGAUUUCAGUUGUCAGCGGCAAGUUGGAGCAUCAUCCAGCAGCAACCUUUUGGAAUACAUUUCAAGGUUAGAUUAAUUUAGAGGGAUUUGUGGCCAUUUAUAGAUCAUUCUUCUUUGGAGCAAUUUUACCAAAACACAAAACAUACACACACAUGUGAAUGGCAUUCAUGACCCCUCAUUUUAAUUCAUUAUAUGAGUUGUCAACCUGCAGAACCAGUGAAAUGACUUAAGUUCUGGGGUGGUUGGCUGUUCCUACGGCCCACUCACUUGUAAUGUUGGAAGGAAUGGUUAGGAUUGAUCACCCUGUGCCAAGGCAAAGCAUGAUAGCUACAGGGGGGAGGCAAGCUUUGAAAAGGGAUACGGAGUGGGGGGAAAGUGCCUUGAUGAGAAGGUGAGGCUGUUCAUAACUUUGGGAUCAGCAUGUCAAAAGGUGGGGAGGAUGAUAACAGGAGAACCAAAAGAGGCAAAUUGCAGAUGAACUAGUAGCUACUUAGACCUCAAAGCUUACGUGGAGAGGGAAAUAGGUGGCAAAGUGAAGCUCACUAAGACAUGGGGAAGGGGGAUAGAUCACAAACAAAUGGUAUGAAUUCCCCUCACAUAUGGAUGGGAGAGAAUAUCAGUUCAGUUAAGAUUUAAAUAUGAAUCAACCUAAUUCACAACAAAACUUGAAUGAAACGCAGCCAUCCUUUCAAAUUCACACUUAUCCGAAUUUUGCAAAGCAGUUCUCCAGCCAAGUACAGUAGUGUGUACAAAAAUGCAUCUACUAGGGAAAGAUGUGCACAAAAAUGGAUAUAUUAGUAUAAAUAACAUAUAAAAAAGCAUUAUAUCAGGAGCACUGCUUAGCAAAAAUGUUUAUAUUAGGCAAGAUAGUAUGUAAAGACAGCAUGUUAGGAAAAAAUUAGAUUAAAAUGCAGAUGAAUUUUCAUAAGUACUUAUUUUAGAAAUAUUUGUAUAGAGAUACGGAGAAUGGGGGGGUGGGGGACUGAGAGAAAUCAAAAUUGACAAGUUAACCCAUCCCUGCCUUCCCAUAACUUAUACCCCUCCAGACUCUCCUGCGAAACCAGCAGUGGUCCCAGAAGUCCGCCUGCUCCAUUCCUCCUGUGAUCCCAGGCAUGCCACCAUUGAGCUGCUCUGCAUUAUCUCCAGCUUCUACCCCAGCAGGGUGACGAUAGAGUGGCUAGUGGGUGGGCAACCUGGGUUGCUAUCCUCGGUCACAGCACCACCCAGGAAGGAUGCCCACGGAUACACCUUCAGUACCACAAGCACAGUCAAUGUUAGCAAAGAAGACUGGCAGGCUGGGAAUACCUACCACUGCCAGGUGUUCCACGAAGCAACCCAAACCAAAUUGAAAAGCAAAGCCAAGAUAUGUGAAGGUAGGAAAGGUUGACUGAGCUGGCACUUGUGUUUUCCUCUGUUUUGGUGGGCAUGGACUGGAAUGCAAGGGGGAGGAUGACAACAGCUUCGAGGUUACAGAGGGUCCUCUCAGGGGCUAAGCAUUUCAAGAUAGUGUCCUUCCUAAUUCAUACACACACAGACAGACAGACAGACACACAGUGGUAACUCGGUUUGGGAACUUAAUCCGUUCCGGAAGUCUGUUCUUAAACCGAAACCGUUCUUAAACCGAGGCGCACUUCGCCUAAUCAGGCCUCCCGCCACCGGUGCCCUUCCACUGUUUGGCUUCCGUUCUUAGACCGAGGUAAAGUUCUCAAAACGGGACACUACUUCCGGUUUUGCGGAGUUCAUAAACCGAAUCAUUCAUAAUCGCUCCCCACAUCAAAUGGGGGUGGGGUUUGUGUGGUUGCGCACAGCCCCCCCCCCAUCCUACGCAGCUUACUAAAAUACAACCUGGCUUUGCCCCCUCCCACGCUGGAUACCUGGAGGUUCCCGCCUAACCUCAGACAGUUAACUAAUCCCAGCGGGGGAGGGGCAUUGCCAGGAGAGUUGGCCAGGUAGGGUGGGACCGCCCUGCCCGCACAAUAGAGGGUGGAACUUACAUGGGAGUCCUCUUAAACCGAGGUACCACUGUGUGUGUGUGUGUACAUGUACAUAUACGUAUACGUAUACAUAUAUACACACAGUAUACACAUACACAGUAUACAUACAUACAUACAUACAUACAUAUGCUCUGCUUUCUAUUAUGGCCCAUUGAAAUAAACCUUUUCCCAUUGACUGCAGUGUACACAUGACCUUAAUAGUAGAGUAGUUAUUUUCCAUUUCUACUGGAAGCAGGACUCAGGGAAGACAUAGUGCAGGGGACAUCAGAGUGCCCCAGAUGUCCAUGAAAAGUCUUGGCAAAUAUGCUAUCCUCUUCAGGGUCAGAGGACAUUUUCCAUCCUCUACAACAUGUAGUUUGAGUCAGUGGUGUAAACCUUCUCCUGGAUAGAACAAUGAAUCAUAGAAUCAUAGAAUCAUAGAGUUGGAAUAGACCACAAGGGCCAUCGAGUCCAACCCCCUGCCAAGCAGGAAACAAUGUAGUCUUGAUAGCAGAAACUGAUGUUGUAGAAGAGGGUGAUAGGGAACUGUUUGUUCCUGCUCAUUAUUCACAAUGGAAUAUGGAGGGUGACAGGGAACUAUUUUUAUUUUAUUUUUUGCUUGGUUACUGACAAUGGAAUAUGGAGCUUUUAUUGAUUCUCAGACACCCAAGGGCACCAAAUGCCAGCUUCUUUCCUUUAAUACAUGUACCAGGUGUGGAGUUAUUGAUUCCUUUUACUCUGCAGCAAGGAAUGCCCUUCUUAACAGGAUGCAUGCAAGCCCCUAAAACAGCAGGGAGGGGAGGGGCGGUUGGAGAAGUAACAUGACGUUUGUAUCCCCAGAUAAUACCGAUUGCCCCUCCGCUGGCAUUAGCGUGCGAAUCAUGCCCCCAACCGCAAAAGACUUGUACAUAAACAGAGACCCUACGCUCACCUGUGUGGUGGAAAAUCUGGAAAAUGCAGACGGGCUGAAAGUCACCUGGUCACGGGCAAAUUCAGGACCUGUGAGCCCAGGUUUAUUGGAAGUGAAAGAAGAGCUUAAUGGAAAGUACACCGCGACCAGCUCCCUCCCUGUCACAACGUGGCUGCAGGGUGAGGAAUUCACCUGCAAGGUGGAAUAUCCAGGCUUGACUGCUCCCAUCACUAAGACCAUUGCCAAGACAACAGGUAAGGGGGGGAACAGAGUUGGUCUCCCAUCAUGGGGCUGGUUUCCUUGUGUUCCAGCAGGAAAGAGAAUACUUAAACACACAGCACCACUUGGCUCAUCUGCGAUUUACACUGCGGACACACUUUGCAAUCUCACACAGUCUGGUGGGGCUAUUGUGCAGGUUUGCACAAUCAUUCUACACUUGUCUCUGCUCACAGGUUUUUAUGGUGCUUGAGAAACCUGCAAUGCAUGCUUUUUAUCAGAAGGCAACACUGGGACUAUUUCCAUCUCCAGCUAAGGAUCCUUCUAACCCCUGAAUCUGUCUAUUGAUAGGUAGAUGAAGGAUUGAGCCAGUUCUGUUGAGGGCAGUUCAUUAUCCUUGCCCUGGUGGCCUAAUCCAUACAUUUAAGGAGGUACCUGGAAAGAACAAUGUGGGAACUUGAGCAUACCAAUACUUUCUCAGGAAAGACUGGGAUUCUCUGUGUUAUGGGCCCCCUGUGUAUAUCUGUUAAGAGAAAGUAGACUGUGUAAAAUCUCUGCUAUCUUGGUUUGGUACCUUAUGUAUUCAUCCAGCUCCAAGAAGCCCAACCCAUGUUGCACUUCUUCCUACCCAGGUCCACGUGCACAAGAGCUUCAGCUAAAUGCAUUCUAGCUUGUUAAUGUUGUCGCUGAGGAUUUACUCUGUCUACUGUACUUGAAACUGUUUUUCAAGCCAUUUGGCAGAUAAUAAUCAGCACUCCUGUCCAAACCACAAGCCCCAGGAUUCUCUUGGGGAGAAGCCAUGACAUUCAAAUUGUAACAGGAAUUGCAAUAUGGAUAGAUUAAUUUCUAAAACUUUGUUUGCUGUGCUAUUUAUGAAUGUGAAUGCCACCAGAGAAGGCAGAGCUGUUCAUUUAUUUAUUUAUUUAUUUAUUUGUACAUACAUACAUACAUACAUACAUACAUACAGGUUUCCCCAGCCACUCUGGGCAGCUCCCAACAGAAUAUUAAAACACAAUAAAACAUCAAACAUUAAAAACUUCCCUAAACAGGGCUGCCUUCAGAUGUCUUCUAAAAGACAGUUGUUUAUUUCCUUGACAUCUGAUGGAAGAACGUUCCACAGGGCGGGUGCCACCACCAAGAAGGCCCUCUGCCUGCUCCCGUCCCUUGCAACUUCACUUCUCACAGGGAGGAAACCACCAGAAGGCUCUCGGCGCUGGACCUCAGUGUCUGGGCAGAACAAUGGGGGUGGAGAUGCUCCUUCAGGUAUACUGGGCUGAGGCCCGUUAUGGCUAUCAAGGUCAGCACCAACACUUUGAAUUGUGCCCAGAAGCAGGGUGCCUGUGUAUAUCAUGGAGACAAGCAGUGCUUUUUUUCUAGAAAAAUAAGUGCCAUUACUCACCAUUAAGUGAUUACAGUUAAGUGCCAUACUUUUUAAAGACAAAACAGAAGGUGCUGGUACUGUGUACCCUUGAAUAACCCCCCCCCGGGGGGGGGAGAGCACUGUUUCCUGACCAGAAAGAAGAGCACAGGUAGACUCUGGGGAAAUCCUCGUGCAGUUUCAGAUAAUAUGAUGGGCCUUUUGGGAUCAUUAUUGGGAAUGUAUUGCGGCAUCCACUAAAUGGUUCUAAUCUUAAUCACUGCUGGCACAUCUUUUCUCUCAUACAUUCCCCCACCCCAAAAAAGGCAACAUAAAGGCUCCCAAGGUGUUCCUCUUCUCCCCACACAACGAGGAAAUCCGUGCUCGGCCACCAAUGCUGACGCUCACCUGCCUGGUGACAGGAUUCACCCCAAAAGAAGUUUCUAUCCAGUGGCUGAAGAAUAACAAUGCCAUGCCUGAAGAUCACCAUGUCAACACGCCAGUCAUGAAGGACAAGAGCAACAACUCCCACUUCAUCUACAGCAAGCUGACAAUCCCAUUCUCUGACUGGAACAGUGGAAUCCCUUUCACUUGCAUAGUUUACCACGAAGCCCUCCCUAUGAAGUUCACCCAGAGGACCGUGGAGAAAACCCAGGGUAAAAAAUGAUGGCCAUGCCUCCUAUGGCACUGUAACCUCUUCAGCCUCUCCCGGAUUUUCCUCUAGCAUUGUCAGAUAAACCUGUGUAAAGGUCUUCCAUGCAUGCAUGCAUGUUUGGCCUAUGGCUGAAUAAAAGAGAACUAACUCAGAUAUAUCCCAUGUUGUGGUCACUUGCAGGAGAAUCGAUGACUGGGGUGGGGUGGGUGGGUUCUGGAAAGCAAGGAGAGAACGGAUUUAUUAAGUGGGUCUUCAUGAUAUUGGAAGGAAAAUGUAUUCGCCAUUAUCAGAGCUAUGCCAUGGGGAGCAGAGAGGUUGCAAAGGUCUGAUGUCAGUAUAUGUGUAGUUUUACUGCUCAUAACAGGCCUCUGAUAUGUGCCAGAAGUGAGAGGGUUUUGGUCCAAAGACACUCAGUGAGCUUCAUCUAGAUCAGCGGUUCUCAACCUGUGGGUCCCUAGAUGUUGUUGGACUACAACUCCCAUCAUCCCUGAGCUCUGGCCUUGCUAGCUAGGGAUGAUGGGAAUUGUAGUCCAACAACAUCUGGGGACCCACAGGUUGAGAAAGGCUGAUCUAGAUAAAUGGUGAUUUGAAUCUGGGUCAAAUUCCACUGGGCUCAAGUCCAAUAUCCUGUCAUCUGCUCCACACUGGCUUCCCUCUGUACAUGUCUAUACACAGGAAGCUGCUCUCUUUUUAAUGUCUGGUGCUGAAAACAGCUGCUAUAACAUUGAAGAGGAAUAUUUAUGUAUCCUCCUCUCCCACGAAGAUUCUGUUGCAGAUUCCCCUCAACCUCUCCCAUCACAACCACCAGCAGCUCCAUCCUUUUGUCAACUGUUACCAGGCCUCUGUUCCUCAAUGGUUCAAACUAGUCAAUUGUGGCAGAGCUGUGGAGUUCACUGCAGGCCCAGAAACAGUAUUAUAACUCAGUGUUCCAUGUAUUAGAAGCUGAUAGAUAACAUUACAGCAGGAAAAGAAGCUGUGGAGGACAGUGUAAACAAGCAAAACUGAAGCAGCAGCAGAGCAAGGGGACCAGAAAGUCAAGAAGGUCCAAGAUGCUAACAAGGCUUGGGUGGCUCAAAUAGAAGCAACAGAUUUAGAAAUGGGAGCAUGUUUGGGAACACACACACACAAACACAAGCACAAACACAAACCAAGGGAGUAAAAAUAAAAAGGCUGGGGAAAUGAGCAAAAUGUCUUUCUAAAUUUGCCACAGUCCCAAAAAAUCAAGGCCCAAGCCUCAUAUUCUAAUUUUGCCUUCUUGAUAUGAAUAUGUAUUCUGCCCAUUGCAGAUGAUAGGUGGGAAAUUAUUUUACGUUGCCCUUCUCUUCUUCUGUCUUCCUGUUUGGGACAUAUCUUAUAAGAUGAAAAAGCUGACUUUUAUUGAGUCUUGAUCAGCUUUCCUUCUCAGCCUAAUGCUGGUCACUCUGACCAGCUCCAGCUCUUCAAACUCUACGUAAUGUUUUCAUGAAUCCCUUUAAAAGAAACCAAGACAAAAUCAUGAAUGACAGUACUAAUUACAGAUAUUGGCUGUAUCCAAUGUUAGCCUUACUCACAGCAGACCCACUGGAAUUAAUGAAUAAGACUACCACUUGUCCAUUAAUUUCAAUAGCGCUACUCUGAGUAGGACUAGCAUUGGCUACCAUCUGUGCAAGGUAUGUUCUCUGCUACAAGGACAGAGAUAUCUGUAUGGAGCUGGAAGUACAGGAGCAGGCGAGGCAUCCUGGGGAAAGAUAGUUCAACAGAGAGCAGGAGUAAGGGAGUCAUAGGGCCAGAAAGUAGCCAGCAGUCAUCUGGUGCAACAGUCAUGCACACUCACCAUCGACAAUAUAUAGCUUUCCUUCAUAUCAACUCACAUUGUCCAGAUUAUUUAUCUCAGAGAGGCAGCAGAAGAAACUAAGAAAAUGCACCACACCUGCAUUGCCUGAGAGCAAAGAAUAGUCUGUAAGAGCCAGACUAAAUGCGAGAACAGGGACAAGGAGCAGCCACAGGGAAGCCACAGGACUACAUACCUGGGUCCUUACAAAAUUUAUCCCUCAAAGUGGCUGUUAACUAUAAAAAAAAAACCAAGUGACAGUUAGCAUCCCAUCUGUGAAAUUAAUAAUUAUGAUAAUGAUGAUAGCAAUAAUUAUUAAUAAUAAUAAUAAUAAUAAUAAUAGACCCUAAAUCUGAUUGGGAUGGGUGAGCAAACUGAGCCAAGCUUUGGAUAGAUUGGCGAAUAGGUCAGAUGGAUGAGGAGCCAUGAGAGAAAAUCAAAUUCACUGAAUAUUCAGGACAUAUUUUUGGACUGGCCUUACAUUGAGAGUGGGAUGUGAGAGAUAAUAUGUUAGACAAGGCGCUUUGACCCAAUCAUGACAUGCAGGUAUACAAUGGGGGGUAUUUUUUCUCCUCACAGAGAUAGUCUGGGAUCACCUCAGAACCACCCAGUCAAACCACAUACACACAAAAAGAUAAGCUGCCUCAAAAUCUCUUGACAUUUUGAGCAGUGAUCUUAAAAAUCGGGGGGGGGGGGGGAUAGGAUUUCUAAGCACACUUGGGCCCAGCAGCCCAAAUCUCCACUCAAACACUCUUGCCCCAGUUAUAGGUAGGUAGCCGUGUUGGUCUGCUGUAGUUGAAAUAAAAUAAAAAAAUUCCUUCCAGUAGCACCUUAGAGCCCAACGAAGUUUGUUAUUGGUAUGAGCUUUUGUGUGCAUGCACACUUCUUCAGAUACCUUGCACACGAAAGCUCAUACCAAUAACAAACUUAGUUGGGCUCUAAGGUGCUACUGGAAGGAUUCUGUUUGUUUGUUUUGACUCUUGCCCCAAUUAUGCCGCAAUGCUGUGGCCUCAGCUACCUGCACAUGAAAUGAACACAACUCCCUACCCACACCUACUCGCUGGUUACUCCAUACUUCGAUGUUAACAGGUGGCCUGCUUUGCGUACUGGCUAGUGUUCGUUUUCGGUGGUUAGAAGACCGGAUUCAAAGCCCCCAUCAACUAUGAUGCUCACUGUGUGGCCUUUCUGUAUGUCCCUCAGUAAAUAAGGAGAGAGAGAGACUGAAGUUACUCUGAAGAACUAGGCACAAACAUUACCUGGGGUGAACAGGCUGGGUUACCAAAACUCUAACACCAAGCCUCUAUUUCAAAAUUUAGAUGAUAUUUAUUGUUAUGUAGGCCAUAGAUGAUUUUGCAGAUGUGCAGUUCAUGCGUCAUAGGUUUUGUAGUCCAUGUUAGACUGUAAGAAUAAGAAGAAAUAUAAGAAUAGUACAUCGGUACUACUGAGUAGAACCUAUGAGUCAGAAUAACUCUAAGUGAAGUGUCCAUGCAUGCUAAUACCUGCCACUUCCUGCCAUAUUACUAAGGACAAGGGAGACUUGGCAAACAAAUGCGAGCAGAUAGAAUCUAAAGGGGAAAGUGGAUUUUUAAAUGGCAACCCAUAGCCUGGCAUUAGGUCAGGAAUUAUCUGACCAAUGCACUAUGAUAAAAUUCCCACCCUGUAGGUUUCAUACAUUUCUAUCUGCAAUUACAGUCAAAUUUCGGAACAGGUAGCUUUGAGAUUUCUGUAGCCUAUGUUGAUUACAAAGGGUAUAGACAUUAGUGGUGGGUGAAGCUUGGGAAUGUUUUAUGGUGAAUACAGGGAUUGACGUCUCUCUCUCUCUCUCCCCUCACAGAGGUGACUGUUUCAACAAUGAAUGAUUACAGUGAUGAGAAAGAGGAGGAACUGGACCGCCUGUGGCGAACCAUCUUCAUUUUCUUUGUUCUCUUCCUCCUCAGUGUUUGUUAUAGUGCCACCAUUACACUGUUCAAAGUGAGUAGAGGGGAAGGGGUAUUAUAUAUCGACAUUUGCAUUUAAAUGGUGGAGGAAGGGAGGCAGCAUAAACACAUCAGGGAUAGAAAGACGAGAAAAGACAAAGGGAUAAUGCUGAGAUGUUUGUACUGUUAGUUGUAAAUUACUGAAUGGUUCUGUAGAAGAAUGAGCCUAUAACAUGACACGUAUACUGUGUCAAACAGUCCAUUCAAUAUCCCAUUAAAAUCAGAACGGGAUGAGGAAAAAUAUUUGACUUGUUGGUUGGAAAUACAAGUUAAGAGUAAUGGGAUGGGGAAAGAUGGCAAGGAAUGGUUUUAUGGUACAAUGCCCAAAGGCCAUAGUUCUUCAUAUGGAAUUUGCUCCUGCGAGAGGUAGUGAUGUUCAUCAACUUGGAAGGCUUUAAAAGACAAAUUCAUGGAAAAUAAGGUUAUCAUUGGCUACUAACUGCAAUGGAUAUGUUCUGCCUCCAUUGUUAAAGGCAGUGUGGCUCUGAGUACCAGUUGCUAGGAAUCACAAGUGAAUAGAGCACUGCUGGGCUCAAAUCCUGUUUGUGGGGCUCCUAUGGAAAUCGGGUUGGCCGCUGUGAGAAUAGGAGGCUGGGCUCCCUUUGACUUGAUGCAGCAAGACUCUUCCUAUUAUUCUUCUGUCAUGUUCUUAUGUGUUAGUGGUUUAUAAAUAAACACAUAAAUAUACCUUGCAAACUGUGACUGGAAAGGGAAGGGAACUAAGAACAAGUAGAUCUUGCAUGUUUUUCUUCUUCUGUACUCAUUCCUGCUGUAUGUCUUCCUUAUCCCCACUCUCACUACUUCCCACAGGUAAAAUGGCUCUUCUCCACUGUGAUGCUCCUGAAGAAGCAGUCGUUGGGCCCUGACUAUAAGAACGUUAGCCAAAGAGUGGACUAG